GAAAGAUAAGGGACAAUAAUCCCCCGAAUGUUGGAAAUACCACACCCUCGAAUUUGCGUCUUCCUCGUCACUAGCACUGUUACAUAUCACCGAAGCCUGAGUGGUCUCUCCCAGAUUCCCCGAUUUCCGGUCAGCCUCAUCGCCUGUCGUCUCAUCUCAUCAAAAUAUGUCAACUCAAGCUCGCCCUCCACCAGAACCUCACGCCUUCCCCCCAUUCUCCGCCCUUCCCCUCUCAGCAGGCGGUCCACGCGGUAACGCCUGGGGCCGCUUCGGGCCCAGCGACUCCCUCGGCAUGCUGAACCUCCUCACGCCCCCCGUGGUCGCCGCCGCGGCGCUGGAAAUCAAAACCGGAGAGCGGAUCUCGCUCGACUGGCCUCUGAACAAGCCCUUGUAUCCCAGCUACAAGCGAACCGCAUUCCAUCAUCAGGUCGUUAACCGUGCGAAAGGCGAGGAGUUGAGAGUUGUGAAUGAUGAUGUCUUGGCAUUUAAUACGCAGAGUACUAGUCAGUGGGAUGGGUUUAGGCAUUUUGGGUAUUUGAAGGAGAAACGAUACUUCAAUAAUCGGACUCAUGAAGAUAUCAUGAGCUCUUCCGUGCUUGGUAUCGAUGCCUGGGCAGAGAGCGGUGGCAUCGUUGGCCGCGGUGUCCUGCUCGACUAUGCAUCAUGGGCAUCGGAGAACUCAAUUGAGCUAAACCCCUUCUCCUCAACCACAAUCCCGCUCCUUCACCUCCAACGCCUCAUCACAGACCAAAAAAUCGUCUUCCGCACAGGCGAUAUCCUCUUCCUUCGCGCCGGCUUCACCGCUGCUUUCAACACCCUCGAUGACACCGAGCAGAAAGCUCUAGCGGCGCGAGCAACGGCCGACUUUAUCGGCGUCGAGUCCACAGAAGCCACCCUGAAAUUCCUGUGGGAUAACCAAUUCGCGGCCGUAGCGGGCGAUUGUCCCAGUUUUGAGAGCAGUCCAGUAAAAGGAGGGCCGGACAGAGAUGGGAUGUGGUGUUUGCAUGAGUGGUUGCUGGCGGGCUGGGGAAUGCCGAUUGGGGAAAUGUUCGAUUUGGAGGGGUUGAGUGAGAUGUGCAGGCGCAAGGGCAGGUGGAGCUUCUUUUUGUGUAGUGUGCCCCUGAAGGUCCCUGGUGGAGUCGCGAGUCCGCCGAAUGCGGUUGCUAUCUUUUGAGGUCUGGAAAUGGGCUUCAUUUUGAGCUAAAUAGGAUUGCCAAGUGUGCUUCUUUACGUAGGCUUGUUCUUGAAUUCAUUUCUUGCUAUAUACUGAGCUAUCCUAAAAGUCUUCGCUGUG